AUAGGACGACGAUGGGAAGCACUUCAAAGUGGCAUUUUCGUCGUUUACCAUAAAAGACAGCUUCACGUCCCUUCCAGCUAAGAAGUCAUAUGAGCCUUCUCAACAAUCUUCGCUGGAAUUCUAACUCUCUCCCACUGCCCUCGCUUGCAUGUUUCUGUUCCUCUAAUCCUCUCUCGCCUCUACACAAGAAAACCCAAUUAAAGAAGAAGAAGAAGAAGAAGAAAGAGCAUCUCCGAUCCGAUAUUCCCGUAACCGUUAAACUCUUCUUAUAUAGGACACUCGCACAAGUCACACCUUAUUAUCUCUCGAGGCUGUCUGAGUCACCCCCCCGCCGAGUUAUGGCCUUCACUAUUGCUGCACCAUUCCUCUUCUUCUCCCUUCUUAUCACAGCAGCCAAAGCCAGUGAUCCAUGCCCUUUCACCUCCUCCGGCGACUCUGAGCUUCCUCUCCUCCACAUCUACGGCAAAUGCUCACCAUUCCAUCCACCCACAACCGAGUCAUGGACUGACACAGUCAUCCACAUGGCCUCCAAGGACCCAGCCCGUCUCACCUACCUAUCCAAUCUCGUAGCAAGCAGGGCAACCUCAGCUCCCGUCGCAUCAGGUCAACAAGUCCUGAACAUCGCCAACUACGUGGUCCGAGUCAAACUCGGCACCCCGGGUCAACUCAUGUUCAUGGUCCUCGACACUAGCAAAGACGAGGCAUGGGUUCCAUGCAGCGGCUGCACCGGUUGCUCAUCCACCGUCUUCUCACCAAAGAUGUCGUCGACUUACACCUCCUUGGACUGUACCACGUCCGAAUGCAGCCAGGUUCGCGGCCCCUCUUGUCCAGCUACUGAGUUGAGCCCAUGUCUCUUUAACCGAUCCUACGGCGGCGAUUCUUCAUUUUCCGCCACCUUAUCUCAUGACUCGCUAAGAUUAGCCCUUGAUAUUAUCCCAAAUUACGCUUUUGGUUGCAUCAAUACCAUCUCCGGCGGGUCCAUACCACCUCAGGGCUUAUUGGGCCUGGGCCGUGGGCCCACAUCCUUGAUCUCACAAGCUAGCUCACUCUACAAUGGUGUAUUCUCCUACUGCUUCCCUAGUUUCAAGUCUUAUUACUUUUCCGGGUCAUUGAAGCUCGGAUCCGCUGGUCAACCCCAAAACAUCAGGACUACACCGCUCCUACGUAACCCACACCGGCCGUCGUUAUACUAUGUCAAUCUAACCGGGAUAAGUGUUGGUCGGGUUCUGGCCCCAGUUGCUCCAGAGCUUCUCACAUUCAAUUCAAACACUGGGGCAGGGACCAUAAUUGAUUCGGGCACGGUUAUAACCCGGUUUGUGCAACCCGUUUACACUGUUAUCAGAGAUGAAUUCCGGAAGCAGAUCAAAGGGCCUAUAUCAACAAUGGGUGCAUUUGAUACUUGUUUUAAGGCUACAAUUGGCGCAUCAGUACCAACUGUGACACUACAUUUUACGGGUAUGGACUUAAUGUUGGCAAUGGAGAACACUGUGAUACACAGUAGCUCAGGGUCUGUGGCAUGUUUGGCAAUGGCUGCAGCUCCAGUUAAUGUGAACUCAGUGUUGAACGUCAUAGCUAAUCUGCAACAACAGAACCUCAGGAUACUCUUUGAUCUCCCUAAUUCUCGUAUUGGAAUUGCUCGUGAGCUAUGUAACUAGUGCUAGAUCUCUCCCUCUUCUUCUUCAUUGGGUGUUCUUUUCCCUUUUUUAUGUAAUUGAUUAAGAUGAAUGAAAUUAAUAAAUCAAAGGGGGUCAAACUUA